AUGGAUUGGCUGGGGUAUCAAUGGCACCAGAUCAGAGAGCAGGAGCAUGCUGGUCCAUUCGUGACGGCAGUCGUCGUCGUCCUGCUCACAUACAUGCUCUACAAUGUUAUGUACGCCACGGACAUCCCUCAUAUCAAAGGCAUGCCUGAAGUCCCCGGCGCGGUUCCAAUUUUCGGUCAUCUUCUCAAACUGGGCGAGGACCACGCGACGACCUGUGAGAAAUGGUGGCGCCAGUACAACCACUCCGUCUUUCAGAUCAGACUCGGAAAUACGCGAGCUGUCGUCGUGAACUCCUUCGAAGACUGCAAGAAGAUGCUCCUGGGCAACCAGAACGCAGUCAUUGACCGGCCCAAGCUCUACACGUUCCACGGCGUCAUCAGCAGCACCCAAGGAUUCACCAUUGGUUCCUCGCCCUGGGAUGAGUCGUGCAAAAAGAAGCGCAAGGCUGCUGGGACCGCGCUGGGCCGCCCUGCUUUGAGAAAUUACUACCCCAUGUUCGACCUCGAGAGCUACUGCAUCCUGCGCGACAUGAACAAGGACAGCCAGAACGGCCAGGUCGAGGUGGAUGUUCGUCCCUACAUCCAGCGAUACGCGCUCAACACCACCUUGACCCUCUGCUACGGAAUCCGGAUGGACGCCGUCUACGACGAGCUCCUCCGCGAGAUUCUUCAUGUGGGAUCGGCCAUCUCCCUAUUACGCAGCGCCUCCGAGAACCUCCAGGACUAUAUUCCUGCGCUUCGGUACCUCCCCAACAACGAGAAGAACGCCCGUUCAAAAGAACUCCGCACACGCCGCGAUACCUACCUGGACCUCCUAUUGAACAAAGUCCGCGAGAUGAUCAAGAACGGCACGGACAAGCCCUGCAUCUCUGCCGCCAUCCUCAAAGAUCAAGAAAGAAAACUCAGUGGCGUCGAAGUCUCUUCCAUCUGUCUAUCGCUAGUCUCCGGAGGGUUCGAGACUAUUCCCGGUACCCUCACUUCGUGCAUUGGAUCCCUCGCGACCGAGGAAGGACAGGCAUGGCAGGAUCGCGCCUACGAGGACAUCAAGCGCCACUACCCCGAUGUUCGCGACGCUUGGUCAUCCUGCUUCAAGGAGGAAACCAUUCCCUACAUCAAUGCGAUCGUCAAAGAGGCCGGCCGUUACUAUACCGUCAGCGCGAUGAGCCUGCCCCGGAAAACCGUCACCGAGGUCAAUUGGAACGGGGCGAUGAUUCCCCCAAAGACGAUGAUUCUGAUCAAUGCUCAGGCUGGAAACCACGACACCGACCACUUCGGCCCCAACGGUAGCAAAUUCAACCCCGAGCGCUGGCUCAAGACCCUAAACCCACCCACCGAAGACGACAUCACCGGCCUCCCCCAUCUCAGUUUCGGGACUGGCUCGCGAGCCUGCUCCGGACAAUUCAUUGCAUCCCGCCUGUUAUAUUCAGCGCUGGUGCGGAUUCUGUCAUCGUACAAGGUCGUUGCGAGCAAGGACUGCCCGCCGAAUACCGACUAUGUUGACUAUAACCAGUUCAAGACGGCGUUGGUGGCGAUUCCGAGAGAGUUUAAGUCCAUUACUAUCGUCAGUAUGUCUUCGCUUAUUAGCGGCAGCUUGUUCGAUGUCAAGGGAUCCGUGGCAGUUGUAACAGGAGGCAGUAGUGGCAUAGGAUACAUGAUUGCGAAGGGACUUGUGGUAAAUGGCGCCAAAGUGUACCUUGUAGCCUUACCAAGCGAGCCUAUCGAGCAGAAGGUCGCGGAGUUGAUCGAACUUGCGAAGGAGGCUGGGGGAUCUGCCCAUGGAGUUCCAUGCGACCUCUCAUCCAAAGAAGCAAUUCAAUCCCUCGCCACCACACUCAGUCAACAAGAAACCCACAUCGACAUCCUAAUCUCCAACGCCGGAAUCCGACGAGACCCUCCCCUACAAUGCAACGUGCUCACAGCAUCCCUCCCAGACCUCCAAGCAUCAAUGUGGUCCUCCCACCACAAAGACUGGACCGACACAUUCACCAUCAACACCACAGCGCAUUACUUCCUCUCCGUGGCAUUUCUCCCGCUCCUCGAGGCUGCCUCAUGCCGUGAACUCCCCGAUGGCCAGAUCGGCCGGGACGACGGACGGGGCGUGAUCGUGAUAACCAGUUCCUGCGCAAGCAUGCAUAAUGUGACGAAUGUGGAUUUGACCAGUUAUGCGACCAGCAAGGCCGCAACGGACCAUUUGGUGAGAUUGCUCGCGGCGAAGUUUAGUCAGUUUUAUGUGAGAGUUGUCGGGAUCAAUCCUGGAUUUGUCCCAAGUAACAUGAACCCUGUCGGGGAAGAAGGGAAUCUUUUCAGUGCGCUGUUUGAUAAGGUCCCUGCGAAGCGGGCGGGGAAUGAGGAUGAUAUGGCAGGGACGAUCUUGUACCUUGUCAGUCGUGCAGGAUCGUACGUGAAUGGAACGUCACUUUGUGUUGAUGGGGGCCGGAUUCUGCUGGCGAAUGGGCAGGAAUAG